UCUUUAUCACUUCUCAAACAUAUUUAGUGGUACUAUUUAACUUGCAAAUCACCCGAUCUCUGUCCCACCACCCUUUCCUCAGCUAGCUAGCUGCUAAGCUAGCGCGGAGAAAGGCAGCGCCGGUCAGAAGGUAAGUAGGAAGCUACUCCCGCAGACCGCGACCACUUCCCUGAGGACAGCAGGAACUUCACUCGGUGACAGAAAACACUGUGAGUAAUGGCUUCCUGCGCGUCUUGCACCAUACUCACGGAGAGGUUGGCUCUGCUAGAGGGCCGUGUCCGCCAGUUAGAGCAGAGUAAUGUCGUAACUUUAGAUGUUGCGGACACAUCUGCUAGCGUUAGCUGUAGCGAGCUAACUAGCCCAGCUUGUAGCAGUCCUAAGCGGCCUACAAGCUACGGUGUACCGGUUGAGACGCAUAAUAGAUUUAGCUCUUUAGCUAGUCCUACACCCCAGUCUACCGGGCACCACACCUUAGUCAUAGGGGACUCCAUCACCCGAAACAUAAAGCUUAGCAAACCAGCCACAGUAAAGUGUAUCCCCGGGGCCAGAGCACCUGACAUUGAAGCUAAUCUUAGGGAGCUAACUCGCAACAGGCCUAGUAAACACGUACGACAGGCUAAUCGCACCACUAAUUAUGCGAAUAUAGUUGUACACGUUGGCUCCAAUGACACUAGAAUGAGACAGUCAGAGAUUACAAAGAGAAACAUAGCCAGGACUUGUGAUCUCGCCAGAAAGAUGUCCAGGCAUCGAGUAAUUGUCUCUGGCCCCCUGCCUGCGAGAGGCAAUGAUGAGAGGUAUAGCAGAUUAGUCUCGCUUAACAAGUGGCUGGCUAGCUACUGUAGGCAACAGGAACUAACGUUUAUUGAUAACUGGCCCUCUUUCUGGGGCAAACCAGGCUUGCUGAUGAGAGACGGCCUUCACCCUAACCAGGAAGGCGCCAUCAUCCUGUCUAGAAACAUAGACUACUAUUUAAGUCUCACUUGACUGACUACACUAGAGCAAGCCCGGUCACAGGCAAUUACAAUGUCUGUUAGUCCGGGUGAGGAGUCAGUUAAGCUAGAACUAGCCAGCGCCAGGCUGGAUAAUCCAUGUACGCAUAGCAAUUCUUUUAGAAUAAUACACAAUUCACAUAAUGUUUUUUCUGUUGUGUCUGUGUCAGAGGUGGACAUGCAUUCUACUGAGGUGGCAAAUUAUGAUAUGUCCCUCUUUCUGGGGCAAACCAGUCUAUUGCAGCACCAAGCAAACAAUCGGAAAAUUCCCGUCAUAUCAAUUCCUAGAUAUGGUCGAAACUAUUUAAAGUGCACUACGCAUAAUAAACGCAACAUUGUUAAUAUUGCCACUACGGAUAAUCUUAACAAAAACUCGUCAAAACAGCCCAAUACCUAUAAUAUGGGCUUUUUAAACAUAAGAUCAUUGUCUCCCAAGGCGUUAUUAGUUAAUGAGGUCAUUAGAGACAACAAUCUUAACGUCAUUGGUCUUAGCGAAACCUGGCUCAAACCAGACUAAUUUUUUGCGCUCAAUGAGGCAUCUCCUCCUAACUAUACGAAUGCGCAUGUUGCCCGUCCUCUUAAAAGGGGAGGGGGUGUCGCACUAAUAUACAAUGAAAAUUUCAACCUUACCCCUAACCUAAAUAAUAAAUAUAAAUCGUUUGAGGUGCUUACUAUGAGGUCUGUCACACCGCUACCUCUCGACCU